UCCUGCUCCUCGAUACAAAUUCGCCUUCACCUUCUGCCCUCGUGCUCUCGUCUCCAUCCUUGAUGUCCGAUUUCCCUCGGUUUGUUUCUGACUAACGUCAAGUCUCCUCGCAGCCACCGGCAUCAUGUCCAUCAACUUUCCCAAGGAAGAGGAGGCCACUAUCGAGCGAUGGCGCGAGAUCAAUGCCUUUCAACGUCAGGUUGAACUCUCCGAGGGCCGCCCGCGAUACACCUUCUACGAUGGACCUCCCUUUGCAACCGGAUUGCCACACUAUGGCCAUCUUUUGGCCUCCACAAUCAAGGAUGUCAUCCCCCGUUAUUGGUCCAUGAAGGGCUUCCAUGUUGAGCGUCGCUUCGGCUGGGACACUCAUGGACUGCCCAUCGAGCACGAAAUUGAUAAGAAGCUGGGGAUCUCCGGCAAGGCAGCUGUCAUGGAACUCGGCAUUGCCAAGUACAACGAGGAGUGUCGCGCUAUUGUCAUGCGCUACGCAGCUGAAUGGCGUCACACUAUUGAGCGUCUUGGACGCUGGAUUGACUUUGACAAUGAUUACAAGACUAUGGACCCCAGGUUCAUGGAAUCCGAGUGGUGGGUCUUCAAGCAGCUUUUCGACAAGGGCCAAGUCUACCAAGGCCACCGAGUUAUGCCCUACUCGACUGCCCUCACCACCGCGCUGAGCAACUUUGAGGCCAACCAGAACUACCAGGACGUCACCGACCCUGCCGUUGUUGUCUCUUUCCCCCUUGUGGACGAUCCCAACACCAACCUCCUCGCGUGGACGACAACGCCGUGGACCCUCCCCUCGCAUCUUGGCCUCGCCGCCCACCCCAACUUUGAAUACAUCAAGAUCCUCGACGAAAAGACCGGCAAGGUUUUCAUUCUCCUGGAGAAGUUGCUCGGCACCCUCUACAAGGACCCCAAGAAGGCCAAGUUCACCAUCGUUGGCAAGCUUUCGGGUAAGGACAUGCUUGGAUGGAAGUACUUGCCUCCCUUCGAUUACUACUACGACGAAUUCAAGGAGUUUGCCUUCAAGGUUCUCAACGCCGAGUACGUGACGGCAGAUAGUGGUGUUGGAAUUGUUCAUCAAGCUCCGGCCUUUGGUGAGGAUGAUUAUAACGUCGCUAUGGCCGCAGGCGUCAUCAACGAGCAGCGCCCGCCCCCCGACCCGGUCAAUGAUACCGGCCAUUUCUCAGCACGUAUCCGUGAUUUUGCGGGAAUGCACGUCAAGGAGGCCGACAAGCACAUCAUCAAGCACCUCAAGGGCACGGGCCGUAUCGUCGCCGAGUCACAGCUCAGGCAUUCAUACCCCAUGUGCCCUCGCUCCGAUACGCCCCUGAUUUAUAAAGCCGUCCCAUCCUGGUUCAUCCGCAUCCCCGACAUCAUCCCGGAUAUGCUAAAGAACAUUGAGGGUACGCAUUGGGUUCCUACAUCUGUCAAGGAGAAGCGAUUCGCGAGUUGGAUUGCCAAUGCUCGAGACUGGAACGUCAGCCGUAACCGAUACUGGGGUACCCCGAUCCCCCUCUGGGUCAGUGAAGACAUGGAGGAGAGAGUGUGCAUUGGUAGCGUUGCCGAGCUGCGUGAGCUGAGUGGAUACGAGGGAGACCUUACAGACCUUCACCGCGACAAGAUCGAUCACAUCACCAUUCCCAGCAAGAUGGGCAAGGGCCAGCUGAAGCGUAUCGACGAGGUGUUUGACUGUUGGUUUGAAUCUGGCAGUAUGCCUUACGCCAGUCAACAUUACCCCUUUGAGAAUGUCGAGAAGUUCAACGAAUCCUUCCCCGGAGACUUCAUUGCCGAGGGACUCGAUCAAACUCGAGGCUGGUUCUACACUCUUCUCGUGUUGGGUACCCACCUGUUCGGGUGCUCCCCCUUCAAAAACUGUGUUGUCAACGGUAUUGUUCUUGCUGAGGAUGGUAAGAAGAUGUCGAAGAGACUCAAGAACUUCCCCGAUCCCAAAAUUGUCCUCUCGAAAUAUGGCUCGGACGCUCUCCGUCUUUACCUCAUCAGUUCGCCGGUCGUCCGUGCCGAACCCUUGCGUUUCAAGGAGACCGGUGUUAAAGAAGUUGUGCAGAAGGUGCUAUUGCCACUGUGGAACAGCUACAAGUUCUUCGAGGGCCAGGUCGAACUUCUGAAGAAGGUGGAGAAUGUUGACUACAAGUGGGACCCAAGCAUGGAGUCCAGUAACACCAACGUCAUGGAUCGGUGGAUCUUGGCAAGCUGCCAGAGCUUGCUACAGUUUGUCAAUGAGGAAAUGAAGGGCUACCGCCUUUACACCGUCGUCCCCCGACUACUUGGACUCAUUGAUAACACAACCAACUGGUAUAUUCGGUUCAACCGAAAGCGACUCAAGGGUGAGAACGGUUUGAACGACACCCUGCACGCGUUGAAUUCCCUCUUCGAGGUUCUUUUCACUCUGUGCCGUGGACUGGCUCCCUUCACUCCUUUCCUCACCGAUGAGAUCUACCUGAAGCUCCUUCCCCACAUCCCGAAGGAGUUGCAAGGCGAGGAUGCCCGAAGUGUGCAUUUCCUUCCAUUCCCCGAUGUUCGACAGGAAUUGUUCGACGUCGAUGUCGAGCGCCGAGUGGGACGCAUGCAGAAGGUCAUCGAACUUGCCCGAGUGUCGCGUGAACGUCGCACGAUCGGUCUCAAGACCCCUCUCAAGACGUUGGUGGUUCUUCACCACGACCCUCAGUACUUGGAGGAUGUCAAGUCACUUGAGUCGUACAUUACCGAGGAGCUGAAUGUCCGGGACUUGGUGUUCUCUGGCGACGAGGCCAAGUACAACGUCCAGUACAGCGUCACCGCUGACUGGCCUGUGUUGGGUAAGAAGUUGAAGAAGGACAUGAUACGUGUCAAGAAGGCCCUGCCCGGUCUUACUAGCGAGGAUGUGCAGGCCUACGUGCGAGACAAGUACAUCCUGGUAGAUGGCAUCCGCCUUGAGGAAGGUGACCUGGUUGUGCGCCGAGGUGUCUUGGAAGAUGAGUCGUCCAAGAACCUCGAGACCAAUACGGAUAGCGAUGUUCUCACAAUUCUGGACACUGAGCUGCACCCAGAGCUGGCUCAGGAAGGCCUCGCUCGUGAAAUUAUCAACCGAGUCCAGCGGCUUCGAAAGAAGGCCUGUCUGAAGCCAACGGAUGAUGUGAGGAUGGAGUACCGUGUACUCUCGGACCCUGAGAACUUGGGACUCGAGGAGGCUUUCACGUCGCAAGGCGCAAUCUUUGACAAGGCGCUGCGCCGCCCUCUGGAGAAGGUGGGCGAGGAACCACAGCCAGAGUCCGUCAUUGUGGAGGAGGAGCAGGAGGUGCAGCAAGCUGUUUUCUUGCUGCGCCUAUUAAAGCUAUGAUGGCUAGCUAGGCCGCGAAAAGUAGAAAUGACAUUGAGUGGAUGACUGCAAUGUAGAACAUGUCUUUUUUUUAUAUUCCACAUAUGGGUUGCUCCCUAUUUUCUCGAGGCCGCCUAUAAAUGAAGAUCGAGUUAGGGCAUGUGAAACGUGCGCAUGGUGGGGAGAACAGAGCAGGGAA